AUGCAAAGUAUUGGUAGCGUAGCAUCUGGAGUUGUUCCCGUUGACGUGAUCGUUCACUGGCCGCGUCGCUCGAGCGCCACAAGCAGUAUUGUCAGCACGGGUACGCUCACGGGCAGCGACACCGAGCGCACGGGCGGUCAGGACGGCAACAAGGCCAGCAGAACGGAAUCCGCCAGCAGUGACAACGUUUUCGCGCCCGUCCAAGCAACGGAACCGGAUACACCCGUGCCCACAGAAAUAAGCGUGAAACCGGACGUAACACUAACUGAUACAGACAAGUCUGAAGUUAGUAACAGUAACGGUAGCAGUAACAGUAACAGUAACAUGUCAGCAAACAACUCCAACUCUGCAGGGCCGACACUCCUGCUGUCCUCUCUACUCCGUCCACAGGCACAGGAGCAGCAAAGAACUUCUCAACAACAAGCACAACAAAUACAACAACAACAACAACAAAUACACCAACAACAACAAGUGCAACCACAGCAACAAGUACAACAAUAUCAACAACAAAUACAACAUCAAGAGGUACAACAAAAACAAGGACAACAACAUCAGCAACAAGAAGUACAUUUACAGCAACAUCACCAACAACAGCUGGUACAGCAGGAGGUCAGACAAGGACAGCAGCAGCUGUCAAAGGAACAGCACCAGGUUACAGUUUCAAAGGGACAGCAAUUUGCGACUCAUGAAAAACGUGUCUCCGAAUCACAGACAUUUCAGUCCAGUUCUAGUACUGUAACCAGCACUAGCACUGUUAUACAGGAAACGUCCACCUUUACUACAUCAUCUAGCAGCAGCUUUUCUUUCAGAAGUGAAGCACAAGAAUCUGCAAUGUCCAAAGAAACCAAAGUUCACGAGGAAAACGUGAGUGAAGUUUUUGACAGUGAAGAGAAAAUGUUAGCGAGCCCAAGCAGUAGUGGGUUUAGCCAAGCUACAGCAGUGCAGCACAAUGUGAUAGACUCUGUACAACAUGUUAGCAGUCAAAAUAUAGAACAUAGCACUGAAACCAAGACGUUUCAGUUCUCCGACAGUGUAGGAACGAGUGUUGUAAGGUCCACCCUACAGGAAACGGUGUCAGGAAUAGGGUCCUUCCAGCGCACCAGCACUCCUACACUGGAGGUAGAGGCUUCCGUCCGCACGCCAGCGGAAUCCCCGGUGAAAAGCGAGGCUAGUUCCGAGGCGAACGUGGAAGAAUCCAGCGAGAGUGCGACGGGAAGUUACGCCACCCCGGACACCUCCAUGGGUCAGGCUGCUCUAGAAGACUCUGCAUCGAACCCACCAGCUUUGGUGAAGGACGAUCCGUCUGUGGACUCGCAACUGUUCGUAUCUGCGGCCGAUUUCAGUCAAGCAGCUUUAGAAGAAAAGCAAGACGACGUCUUAGACGAAGAGUCAUUGUCUGAUGUUGUUUCUCAAUCUGUUAAAGACUGUGAUGUUAUCGUUGGUCAAACGGACGGAGAUUCAGACAAAACUUGUUCAAACGGAAACUGCGGUCAUGAUAGUAACGCUGCCAUAGCAAUGCAGGGAGAACAGACGGAGAAGAGUACACAGAAUGGGCCUGCAUUUGAUUCACUAAGCGCAAAAGAAGUGGUAAGAACUUUUGACAGCACAGAAGACAAAUCGUCAGGUUUCUACUGGUCCGAUCUGGGACAAAAAGCCAUAGAUGAAGAGGCCAUGUUCGUGGGAAAGGCAGAACACAAUCAUAACAUGGCUGCAGCAGAUGCGAGUGUGGAAGAGAGCACGGAGUCAACCAUAGAAGAACAGAACACUACAGUAGGUUUAAGCUUCAAUAAGACAGAUGGUAGCACAGGCAGUCUUGAAAAUUCUGUAAGCAGCAAAGGUGCUGGUCUUCAAGACAGUGAAAAUUAUGCAUUCACAGGCUUGGACGGUAAAGACGCUUCUGAUGUAGUAGAAAUGUCUAAAGAAAGUUUCGUUGACAAGCCCGGUGACUUCUGGAACACGCAUGGAAGAGAAAAUGUUUCGAGUAGUGACGUAUCUUUUGACAUGCAACCUAAAGUGUACAAAGAUGAAGCCGAAGACAAAGACAUGUUUGCAGAAGAGAAUCAAAAGUUGCGCGAAGACAAUCCUCUAGACUUCAGCGCAGCCUCGAUCGGACAGGACAUUUUCGGGAGCAGCUUCGUUCCCACCAGCACCAAACAGCUGCCGCGAGAUGAGGACUCGGUGAGCAGUAGCGUACAGGGGGACUCUGGAGCGGACAUCACUGGGGACUGGGCAAGCUCAGAUGAGGAGGAAGAGAGUUCAGCUGUGCCAACGAUUCAUCCAGACGAGCAGGUCUUACACAGCGAUGUUGUGUCCAGCUCUGAACAGUCUGAUAUUGCAGGUAGAGGCAGCUCCCUUCACGACUCAGCUGCACAGCUCUCACCCAAAGCCAGCCCCAAAUCCAGCCCCCCGAAGGACGAGCUUGAGCUGUAUCGUGAAAGGAAGGCCUCGCUGAGCGAGAGCCAGGGUUCCGAGGACGACUCGACCAGUCCCGCCCCCUCGGAGGUGAAGACCGUGGUGACGAACGACCUCUCGGACGACACAGAGUCCCCGGACUCGGCCAUGUUGGUGAGUCCGUACGCAGAAGAGGCUGCAAGAGAUAUGGAUGAAGACAGCCUAGAGCAACAGGCCCCAGCAGGUGAGAGUGCACACCUGGAGGAUGUACCAGCGAUAGUUGUGACGAUGGACCAGGCCAUCUCCAGUCCUGUGCUGCUACUGGAUGAACUGGACGGACCUCGGGAGUCUACCGACCAUCCCGACAGCUCUGCACAAGACCGACCAGACCAGUUUGAGGGCAGCGAUGUCCUACGUCUGACGGAGGGAGCGGUCCUGGAUGAGUCUACAACAGACGACCUUCCGGAGUCGGACACGCGAGACUCCGCCCUGGCCAGCAGCAUACAGAGCACCCCCCUGACCCCCUCCCCCACCUCCAUACUCCCCCCACAGCCACAGAAGAGUGCUCUGAAACAUCCUGGCAGUGUGAGUGACAAGUCCAGACGUGUGUGUUUCCUAAGUGAAGGCAGCUCUGUCCAUGUAGAAGUCUUCAACUACACAAAGGAGCCAGAUGAAGACCUGGAGCACAUUGUCCUCAUCCGUGACAGCGACGGGAGCUCCACAUCUGAAACUUCCGACUCAGAGAUGGACGAAGAUUCAUCCUUACAGGGUGAGUAUGACUGGGGUUCAGAUGAUGAGGAAGAUGAGGAGGAAUACGACCUUGAGUGGGACGACGGGAUGACGAAGGUCGUACAGGACAUGAACAGCAUGUCGUCUGGCACGCCGUCUCCGAGCUUCACGUUUACGCAGGCCGCCAUAUCGUCCAACUACGUGGGUUCCUCCGCCGCGUACAUCCCCCGUACCACCAUGUUCAGUGCUGCUGUGGAUGGACAAAUGGAGCACCAUGCCGUGGAAAGGCUGGAGACUUCACCGCUCCCCUCCCCAUCUUGGAGCCCAUCUCGCUUCUCCGUGCAGCCGGCAAACUUCUCAAAGGAGCCUACCAAAGCUGUUGCAGACAUCAGGGAUGACAGUGACAGUCUUGAGGUGAUUUUGUCAGACGACGAGAGACCCGUCACCUCUCCUUGAAGACGUCUUGAAACAAGAUUAAGAUUGCACCAGAAGAGCAUCACAUCUUCAAGUCCAGGUGCAAAACUUAAGACAUUUAGAAAUGAUUGUGAAUAGUCUACUAUAAGCCUUUUACUAAGUCUACAAUGCCUGGGUGAGCAGUACAUCCAAUAUACAUUGUACAUAACUAUAAUUGUGCUGUGCUUUAUAGAAAGUGAAUGGAAAAAUGAGCCUGUAGAGAAUGGAAGAAGAGAAUUGGCCCAGGAUUUCACCACAAGGACCAUAGACUGUAUAGUAUUACAUGUACAUGUAGAGAGAAAAAGAAUCCAUGUGUAAUCCAUCGCCUCAACACACAUUGUACACAGUGCCAACCCUUAGCCUCCUUUGCAUACUUCGAGAGGGACUGGCUUUUAUAUCAUGGGAGCUGGUUGGCUUGUUUCAAAGGUUUUGAAAGGGAGUUUGCCGUGGAAGGAAGCUUGCCAAGAAAGGUAGUUUGCCGUGGAAGGAGUUUCUCCAGUGCUCAAAGUCUGCAAAAGGGGCUAGACAACCCUAAAGACAGAGGUACAGAUGAACUGUCAUGCAGCUCAUUUUACACCAAAUAAUGCAAAAUCUGUUUGAUCCUUAAGAAUGACAGUCCAUCAAAAAGCACAGUGAAGCCCCAAACAGUUUCUUGAAUAUUGUAGAUUUUAAUGAAAUACACCAAGAAAUUGCACAGGGUAUAUACAUGUGGAACUUACUAUAUGCAGAAAAAAUAUGUGCACAAGGUAGUUGGAAGACAUACCCAAUAUAUAUGGAUGUAUAUUUGGUGAAAGAUUUUACUGCACCCACUUUUGACUAAGAAAAAGUUUGCACCGACAUGUACAUAUGAGUUUUAUGUACACACAUACAUGUUGCACUGGACAAGUCAGGUUAUUUGUCCACAGAAGAACAGUUUCUCACAGCUUUCAGUAUUCAUUUGCAGACAUGCUGACAGUGAAAUACAGGUACCCAUGCUGCAAUCUCUUGUACAUAGAGCAGCAAACUCGACAUGACAAAAAUGCUUCUUACUUUAGAAGUUUCUAAAUAAAAAAAUAUCAUGUAUGAUAAUACUAUGUAUGUAUAGUUCACCAACUACAUUUAGAAUGUAGCAAUUUUGAAAGACUUAAGUGUAUGUUUUUUCUGGUAUGAUAAAAAUUGAUAUUAGUAGUUUGAAGUAGAAGUGAAGAGUAGAUGUACAUGUACUGUAGGUCAUUUCCUUAAACUUUGCUUAAGGUUUACCCCAGAAUAAGGCAGUAUAAAAUGUGUUGUGCAUAGUAUGUACUGUACAUAUAGAGAAAGAGAUCAUAAUUGAUCAAAGUCAUUAUUCAAUGAAUUACAUGGAUUUCAUUUUAUAUUAUUAUAUUUUACAUAACUACAAUAUAUUCCAGUGCCAUGUUCGCAAAAUGAAUUCACCUGAAAAUCUUGUAUUCAUAUUUUAGCAAGUCCAGCUUGGCUAUAUACUACCAAGACACGGAUAAUCUAUUCUUUAGAUUUAUAUUAGAAUUUAGGGCUAUAACUUUAUAUAAGAAAGCAUGUGAGUUUAAUCAAUGAGGUUAUAUCAAACCAUAAUGGGGUUAUAUCAAGCCCGGUGUAGCCUUCUUUGUUCGAUUAUUUGGCCGAACUUUGAUUUUGAAAUGUUGCUAAGAUUUUGAAGAUGUUGUCAAUAGAUGCAGUCUUCCCAAUUGAUUGUUGCCCAUUCAAGUUAUCUAUGAAAUCAAAGCAUUUUGCUGCUUAACAGAGUUUUAAAUGAAUCUAUUUAAUUACAUG